ACAAGACUGAAGAUGAGCGGCACCAAAUCAGUGUGAAACACUCUAGAGGAAGACGCACUUCAGGGGACAUGAUGGACGAGGCUCGAACACGCACAGUUACCAUUUUUCUCCUGUUUCUCUUGAAUAUUGUCAUAGGUGGUUCGUCCCCAACUCUCAGUCCUGUCACUGAAAACCAGUGUGCUCUUUAUACAUUGCCCUUGGAACUGGUUGAGGGACUGCUGUCAUUCUCCAACGCAACUUCAACCCGUCUUGAAAGCUUAAUUCAGGCUGUGAAUCAACGUCGAAGUGGCGACGACGUCUUAUCUGGUAAAGAUUCUCCAAGUUUGGAUAUAUUUUCAAAGUUGCUCGUUCUGCUGCUGGAAAAGAUAGAGAAAGAACAAGACAGGUUCAGGGAAGAGGUUGCAACAGUGAGCGAAUCUUUAAAAUGGAAGUCUCCCAUGGAGGACGCUGUGUUGGCGACUUUGAAUCAGAUGCAUCAGGAUAUCAAGGGUUUGCAGGCCCAGUCUAAGCUUUCCUCUCCUGAGCACUCAGUGAACUCUUCCCGACAGACCUGUCUUCGCUCCCCUGAUAGGCCGAAGGACUGCUAUGAAUUGUACCUGAGGGGAGAAAAAGAAAAUGGCGUCUACACUAUCUAUCCUGACAAGUGCAGACAAGACCGAGGCAUCCCUGUUUGGUGUGACCAAGAAGGCGACGGUGGAGGGUGGACUGUGGUGCUGUCUCGAAGGCCCCUCGCUCAACAAGUUGAAUUUAACAGGGGUUGGAGGGAUUACAAAAUGGGCUUUGGUGACCCCCAGACUGAACAUUGGAUAGGGAAUGAAGUUCUUCAUCUGCUAACAAGCAAUGCAAGGCAGACUUUACGCAUAGACAUGGAGGAUUGGGAUAAUGCCACGCGCUAUGUAGAAUACGAAACCUUCACUGUAGGGAGUGAAAAGACAAAUUAUCGCCUUUAUGUGGAUGGAUUUGGUGGUGAUGGUGGGGAUAGUCUCUCUUAUCAUAACAAUAUGGCAUUCUCUACUACAGAUCGUGAUAACGACCUUAAUGAUAGCAACUGUGCUCAGGCAUACGCUGGAGGGUUCUGGUAUAACUCCUGCCAUCGAGUAAGUGCCACCAGUCCUCUCUUAACAAAGCAAAUAAGCACGAAAGGAAUCAACUGGAGCUCCUGGUACUCUGACAGAACUACCCUUAAGGAGAUGUACUUUAAAGUAAAGGAACUUCCGUGUAACUAGAUUGUGCAGAAUGGAUUUUUUGUGCUCUUGAGACGGUUUGUCUGAAGAAGUGAUUGUAAAGAAGACUGAAAAUUUAUUACAGUGAUAUGAAGAAGCAGAGCAUUGUACAAGGACAGAUCUUUCCGGAAAAAUCAAUACCAUAAGCUCAUAUCGCCAUUUAGAAUGGUAGAGCCCUCUGGUUUUGAGCCACUCUCAAGGGUUGGGGUUGUUAGCCCUAAGCCCUUAGGUUCAUUUCCAUCUGGUGCUAUCACCUUUAGUCAAACCAAUAAAACUACGAACAUUCA